CGCCCCCUUCAGGUUCCUUUCCCUCUUUCCACGCCACUCGGGCGAAGGAUCGUGGAGCAUCCGCGGGAGAAGAGAUCGGGCUCGGUCAGCAGUGGGAAGAUGUUUGGGAAUAGUCCCUUUUGACUGUCUUGAAGCUGGAACUGGAUGAAGAGCAUGGAUCCCUUGUAUUUUCCCAGCAUCUCUCCGAAUGGGGCCAACAUCUCCUUUGGGGCCAACGCCACAGCGAACACAACCCUCCCCGGUUUCCCUUCUUCCGACAUCCGCUCCAUCUUCAUCCCAAUCAUCUAUCUCCUAGUUUGCGCCAUAGGACUCAGUGGCAAUGCCUUGGUCAUUUACGUGGUCGUGCGUUACACCACGAUGAAGACGGUGACCAACAUUUACAUCUUGAAUUUGGCCAUUGCCGAUGUCCUCUUCAUGCUGGGCUUGCCUUUCCUGGCAACCCAGAAUGCCAUCUCUUACUGGCCCUUUGGAACCUCCAUGUGUCGACUAGUGACUGCAUUCGAUGGCAUUAACCAGUUCACCAGCAUCUUCUGCUUGACCGUCAUGAGCCUGGACCGCUACCUCGCUGUGGUCCACCCCCUCAAGUCAACCGUAUGGCGCCGCCCAAAGGUCGCCAAGCUGAUCAGCCUGGCGGUCUGGACUUUCUCCUUCUUGGUGGUCCUCCCCAUGAUCAUCUUUGCCGAUGUCCAGGAGACCCUCCAUACCUGCAACAUGAGUUGGCCAGACCCCGUUGAGAUAUGGUCCGCCGUGUUCAUCAUCUACACCUCUGUUCUGGGCUUCUUCGGACCACUGUUGGUUAUCUGUCUCUGCUACCUGCUCAUUGUCAUCAAGGUCAAGUCAUCCGGGAUCCGAGUCGGGUCCACCAGGCGCCGGCGGACCGAGAGAAAAGUGACCCGGAUGGUGGUCAUCAUCGUGGUGGUGUUCAUCUUCUGCUGGCUCCCCUUCUAUGUCUUGAACAUUGUCAACUUGAUCUUCAUCUUGCCGGAGGAGCCAGUCUUGGUGGGGGUCUUCUCCUUUGUGGUGAUCCUCUCCUACGCCAACAGCUGUGCCAACCCUAUCCUCUAUGCCUUCCUGUCUGACAACUUCAAGCAGAGUUUUCAGAAAGUCCUGUGCCUCCAUGCUGACAGUGGGCUUGAAGAUGGAGAUCCAACCGAACAGCAGCGAGAGAAGAGCAGCCGCUUGCAGGAAGCCAUGCUUUUGCAGAGAAGUGUUGAAUCCAAUGGACACAUGCAAACCAGUAAGGUCUAGAUGGGAUUUGAGGCUUUCGGAGAAACUGGGUCUUGAUAGAAAACUUGACAAGAACAACCUGUGAUGCGAAGGAGAGCCAUCAAUCCUGGGACUCCAUGUACAAACAUUGGCCUUCUUUUCCCUUUCCCGUUAACAAUAAUUGUAACGCAAUCAUUCUUGAUGGUGUGAAAAGCUUCAGAAAGAUUAACCUAUAUGAAAAAAUAUAUGUUGCACAGGC